AUGUGAAAUACAUUAAUACCAAUAUUUGCAUUACCAUUUAUAGGAAUAUUAAUAUUAUUAAUAUUACCAUUUAAUAAUGAAUUAAAUAUAAAAAAAGGUAAACAAAUAGCAUUAGGAACAUCAAUAUUAACAUUAUUGGAAUCAUUAAGAUUAUGAUUUCAUUUUGAUUAUAGUACAAGUAAGUUUCAAUAUAUAUUAAAAUUAAAUUGAAUAAAUGAUGAAUUAACAUCAAAUAGUUGAAAUAUAGUAUUAGGAAUCGAUGGAAUAUCAUUAGUAUUUAUAAUAUUAACAACUUUAUUAAUACCAAUUUGUAUAUUAUCUAGUUGAGAUAGUGUUAAAAUAUUAGUAAAAGGUUAUUUAAUAAGUUUUUUAGUAAUAGAAAUAUUAUUAAUAGGUGUAUUUACAAUAUUAGAUAUAUUUGGAUUUUAUAUAUUAUUUGAAGGGGUAUUAAUACCAAUGUAUUUAAUAAUAGGAAUAUGAGGUUCUAGAGAACAAAAGAUAACAGCAGGUUAUUAUUUUUUUUUCUAUACAUUAAUAGGUUCAGUUUUAAUGUUAAUAGGUAUAUUAUAUUUAUAUAGUAUAAGUGGAACAACAGAUUAUUUAACUUUAUUAGGUUAUGAAAUAGAUCCUACAGCUCAAAAAUACUUAUUUUUAGCAUUUUUUGCAAGUUUAGCAGUAAAAAUACCAAAAUUUCCAUUUCAUAUUUGAUUACCACAAGCUCAUGUUGAAGCUCCAGUAGCAGGUUCAGUAAUAUUAGCUGGUAUUUUAAUUAAAUUAGGUGGUUAUGGAUUUAUUAGAUUUACUAUUCCUUUAUUACCGGACGCUUCUCAUUAUUUUGCACCUUUAGUAUUUAUAUUAGGAGUAUUAGCUGUUAUUUAUGCUAGUUUAACAACAUUACGACAAACUGACUUAAAAAGAAUAAUAGCUUAUUCUUCAGUUAGUCAUAUGGGAUUAGUUUCUUUAGGUAUAUUUACUUUAACUGCUAAUGGUAUAAUGGGUUCAAUAUUUUUACAGUUAGCUCAUGGAUUAGUUUCAAGUGCAUUAUUUAUUAUUGUAACUGUAUUAUAUGAUAGACACCAUACUAGAUUAGUAAAAUAUUAUAGAGGAAUGACAGUAACUAUGCCUAUAUAUUCAUUUUUAUUUUUAUUUUUCACUUUAGCUAAUAUUGCAGUACCUUUAUCAUGUAAUUUUGUUGGAGAAUUCUUAUGUUUAUUAGCGAUUUUUGAAGUAAAUACAACAGUAGCUAUUUUAGCUUCUUUAGGUAUAAUUUUAUCUGCUUGUUAUUCUUUAUUUUUAUAUAAUAGAGUUUGUUUUGGUUCAUUUUCUACUUAUUUAUCUAAUAAUUCUUAUCAUUUAUUAUCUAUUAAAGAUGUAUCUCGAAGAGAAUUCUUUGUUUUAUUUCCUUUAGUAAUAUUAACAAUAAUUUUAGGAGUUUAUCCUCAUCCAAUAUUCGAUUUAUUAAAUAUUUCUGUUAUUAAUUUAACUACUUUUUUAUAG